UUCUAAAAGAGGAAAGGAUCUAAGUUGCCCUGUUUAGAUGAAGCUGUUUCCUGGUGGCUACUCCUUGGCUGGCGUCAGCAGAGUGAAUGUGAGCGAGCAGUCAUUCUUCUUGUUCCCUGUUCAGAUCCAGGGCACUAAUGACAGCAGUGUUGUCAGUAAAUGCUCCACCGCUGCUCUUGGCUACACCCAGGAUGGCUUCCUGCAGUACUUUGUUACCACCAGAUGCAGACGAGCGCCGCUGAUCCAUCGGGGCUACUAUGUCCGGGCCCAAGCUGUGGAUCACUGUGUGCGAGAAUUUCUGCUGCGGACUCAAGGUCACCCCAGGAGACAGAUUCUCUCUUUCGGUGCUGGCUUUGACUCCCUGUAUUUCCGCCUCAAGGAUGUGGGUCUUCUGAGUCACACUGUGGUAUAUGAGGUAGAUUUCCCAAGUGUGGCAAGCCGGAAAGCUGCUCUGAUCAAGGGUACGAAGGACUUGGCCACUUUCGUGGGAGGAGGUGGAGGGAGAGAAUCAGGAGCCAUGAGCUUUGCUGGGGAGGAUUAUAAAUUGCUGGGAGUAGACUUAUCGGAGCUGCCUAAGCUGGAGCAAGCCUUGACAGAAGCAGGCCUGGACCCAGAGGUUCCUACCAUGCUCUUAGCAGAAGUGGUGCUUACUUACAUGGAGAUCAGCAGGUCAGAUGCUUUGAUCCAGUGGGCAGCUCAGCACUUCUCCUGCGCACAGUUUGUGCUCUAUGAGCAGAUACACCCUGAAGACCCCUUUGGUUUCAUCAUGCAGCAGCACUUCAGCCGGCUGAACUCUGUGCUUCAUGCUCUGGCCCAGUAUCCCAAUUGUGAGGCGCAGAGGAGACGCUUUCUCCAAAGGGGCUGGACCGAGUGCAGUGUCAUUGAUAUGAAUGAGUUCUACGUCGGCUUUAUCCCUGAAGAUGAACGACAGAGAGUGCAGGCUCUGGAGCCCUUUGAUGAAUAUGAGGAAUGGCACCUGAAGUGUUCACAUUACUUUAUCCUGGCUGCAUCAAAGGGGAGAGAGCUUGCCUGGACUCCUUUGUUCUCGAAGAUGCCAGCUUUCUCUGCUGAUGACCCUCUCAGAAUUGCUGGUAGCAUCUCUGCAUCUGUGUGCACAAUACACUCUGAAAAUGUUGGCCUGAGGCGGUAUGGCCACCACUCUGUACUUAUCAAACCAUGUGUGGUUCUCACGACUGGAGGCUUCGGAGAGCAAGAUGGACGGCACUGCCGCCUGAGAGAUCUCCAUGUCCUAAUCAGAAAUGAAGACAAGUGGCGUGCUGGAAGCAUUAGAAUGGAAAAGCCUGGUAACACCUGGAGUGGACGAUUGUUCCAUACUGUGAUGUGUGUCUCAAAGAGCCAUGCCCUGGUAGUGGGAGGGCGAACGUCCCCAACAAAUGCAGGUUUGGGGAUGCUUUGGUUAAAGUUUGCUGAAUCUAUGACUGCCUCAGACCCAGACUGUGCCGUGGUAGAACUUGUGAGCCCGCAGCCUGCUGAGGACGUAGCCUCAUCGCGUUGGAGACAUACUACAACCGAAGUGACGUGCCAAGGCCAGAAGUAUCUGUUUAUCUACGGGGGCCGCUCUGCUAUGCAGCCUGUCCUGGGGGAUUGGUAUUUCCUGCAUUUGGAAGAGUUCUUCUACAGAAAGAUUCCCACUGGGGGACCUGUCCCUGAAGGCCGUCACUCUCACAGUGCCUGCAGCUGGAACGGGGGGGCACUCAUUGCAGGGGGCCUGGGAACAGCUGAGCAACUGUUAAACUCGGUGCUUUUUCUGAGACCAACUAGGAGUGGCUUUGAGUGGCAGCGUGUAGAGACACACCCUUCUCUCAUCCCCAGGUAUUCACACACUGCCCAUGUGCAUGAUGGGAAACUCCUGCUUGUGGGAGGAGUAUGGCUUCACUCUGCAUCAGUACCUGGUGUGACUGUGAUUGAACUGAUGACAGGUUUCACCUUGGAGUAUCAGAUUGACACUGUGUCCCUGGAGUGGCCGUUAAUGCUGCACAAUCACAGCAGUGUCUUCCUGCUGGACAAAAAAGAGCUGCUUGUUAUUGGUGGUGGUGGGAACUGCUUCUCCUUCGGGACCCAUUUCAACCGGCAUCCUAUCUACUUAGACCUUUGCAACAUCCUGACCAGUCAGUGAUGGGACAAGAUAAAACCAUAGGAAUGCAGCAUGGGGAGGUGGUGCAUUUGCAUAUCACAGUGGCCAAGUGGCUCUGUGGCAGAAGUGGAUGUACUGGGGCCCAAGCCAGCGAUGUGAUUCCACAAGCGCUUGCAGCCCAGAGCAGCAAUCUUGCCUAGUGAUGACGGGGAGGUGCCAGAUCACAGAACUGCACCAUGACCAUGGGGCAGUGCGGGAAUUGAAUAGUGUCUGAAGCCCAAGACAGACAGCAUAGUUGUCUGAGCAGUGACUUUGGGAACAGUGGUUGGCAUUUUAUACAUGUAUGUACUCUUCCCUUUUUUCUGUUGUUCUGUUCUUAUUAUGUUACAUAGUAAAAUGAAUAAUAAUCGUAAAGCUUUUGUGUUGGUGCCACCAUCCCUUUGGAAUGAAAUGAGGGAGCUGGGCAGUAGAACCACAAAUAGAUAAUGAGUGUUGGGUUUUUCAGAGAGGCUAGGGGCAAAACAUUUGUCUA